UCCACCCCAGAGGGAACGGAUAUCCCUCCCAAACCCCCCUUUACGCCAAAACCCUAAUGACCAUGGCCGAGACCAGUGAAGAGGCCGAAUCCCAAACCCUAGAAGGAUCCAUCCCCAGUCCUCUGCUUCCCUCGAAGCGCAAGCCUGAUGCCGAAUUCCCUGAGGAAGGAGAGGGGGAGCCGGAGAAGAAGCUGAAGCAUCAGAAGCCGGAGAUCGCAUCUGGCCCUGUUCCGCAACCCCAAGAUGCAGCCAACAGUGAAGACGGACAGAAUGAGGAAACGAUGGCUGACCCUAAUGGGGCCGUCAAGAGGAAGGGUGCGCUAACGGCGGUGGACAAAGGGAAAGGAAUACUGGUGGAGGAAGAGGAGGAAGAGGACGACGACAGCGAUGGCAGAGAUGAAAGCAGCGGCGGAGAUAGUGACGACGCGGUUGGAGGGGAGGAGGAUGAUGACAGCGAUUUCGUGGAUGAUCCACUGGCAGAGAUCGAUCUUGAUAACAUCCUUCCUUCGAGGACGCGUCGGCGGGAACCUCCUCCUCCAGGGUCUUAUUUCGACCCCGAUCAGGGUGGAGAUGAUAGUGAUGACAGCGAAUGAGGUGUAAUGCGGCUUUAAAGAGAAAUUACAGCUGAGCUACUAAUGCAUCCUGUGGGAAAUCUGUCAAGGCACAGGUGUUGUUUUUUGGUUACUUUUUUAGGGACCUGGGUGAAUUGCCUCUUUCUCAUUGUGGGGUGUGAAGUUGUAUGCGAUGGCCCUCCACACACUUCAACGUUUUGGCUACCUUUGCAAAGGAAUAUGCUUCUGGAAAUUGAUAGAACUGUCGAAGUUAGCAUGAUGCAAAACAUCAGCUGCUUAGAUGUGUUAUAUGUUUAUUUUUCAUGAAAUUAGUGCUACAAUAAAUAGAAAACUAUGUCUAUAUAUUUAUUACCAUUAAAUUGGAGAUACAAUAAAUCGAGAAACUGUGUACAGAAGAAGGUAAUGCUAUAUAAGUUUUUUUCCAUAACAUGCGUUGAGUGGCUGUCAAAAUAUUAAUCUAUAAGUUGGCAUCCUAACAAUCCCAUGAUUCUUAGUGGAAUGGUAAUUAUAAUCAUUGAUCAAUUGAUUACUUGUGAUUUGUAGUUCAGAAAUUGAAGCUGUAUAUAAGUUGUCAGCCUAAUCGCAAAAUUCUUAAUGUAAAGGGCAUAGAAGAUUAAUUAAUAUAAAUUGCUAAUUAAUUCAGUAUUUUAUUUUAUGUUGGUCAAGACAUGCUAGAAGAUAAUGUCGACUAGGUAGUACUUACGAAGAAAAGAGAUUUUGUAAGCAAGAGAUAUCUUAAGAGAGGGUUAUUCAAAUCAACCUUUGUAGAACCUAAUCUGAGCAAUAAGCCUCCUACACUUAUUCAACUGGGUUUUUUGAAUUUUUGGCAUGUGUGUCUAGAACAUGUCGACUUUGACACUACAAAAAACUACUAAAAUUGUAGCUGAUGGCCAAAUUUUAAGUUUGGCUCAAGGUUCAAGUGCAUGAUUUGUGUGAGGCUACAAUGACGAAGUUGUUUUUUCUUUUAAUUGAAAGAAACACUAAACCUUUGGAACUGGCACGCCAUAAUAUUUGUGACAUAUUGAGAAACGGAAAGGACUUUAUCACCUUUAUUGAUUGAACAAAAUACAGUUAUGGGGUUUUGUUGUUAAACAAGAAUAAACCUUUGAAGUGAUUAAUCACCACAAGGAUGAGGUCGAAGAGUCGACUAAGCUAGGUCAUCAAUUAUGAUUAAUGAGGAGAAUAUGGGGCACCACUUAAGGAAUUUUGCUUUGAGAUGAGCAUCAUUCAACAAAUGAUUGCACUCUACACAAGGAUCAUACACUAAAUGAGAUAAUAAAUACUACGUCAAUAAGUUUGGAUUAUCCGAGAACUUGUGGGAGGAACUAUCCUCUCGGUAAACCACAUUUUGAACAAGGUACCCUCCAAUCUAUGAUCUUUUAUGAUUUUGUGAAAUAAAUACCUAAAUGCCCUUGGGUUUUUACAGCAUCGGCAAUGUAUUAACUCAAGAACUAAUUAACUUCCUUUUUUGGAUAAUAGUGGUCAGAAGUAUUUCCAUGUUGAAAGCUACAAAUGCCCCCACUAUAUGCUUCCAAGUUGAAGUACCACUAGGUUUCUCAUUCAUCAACGCUUUUUCUUUUUUAUAAUAUCUCUUAUCUAUUGAAUUGUAAAAUUUUACAAGAGAUUAGUUAUCAAUUUCUCUUCUAAUGUCUUCUCACUUAUUUGAUGUGAAAUUUGUGUACUUUUUUUGCUAACAUCUAGCAUCUUUUUUUUUGCUUCGGAUUCAUACAUGAUGCAGUAAAUCUUAAUCUGCUUACCAAAACAAGUUAGUACAUUAUAACAUAUCUUUUAUAUUGCUUUUGAUUUGUCAGAGAAACCACGGAAACUGCAAAUGAGCAUGCACUUACAAAUUGCAAAUGGGAUUUUGGAGAAAGUAAAGCCUAUCAGUACCUGAUUUUUGGAUAUUAUAUUCUUCUGAGUGAAAUAUUAGUUAGAAUCAUAGUUAUCAAGAUUGUAUUUGGAUCUUUGGAUUUAUGAACCUAAUAUCCAAACUUGCUCACAUGAUCAAACUCUCAAGUAGGACUUGAACUAGAAUCUCACAAUCCAUAGCCUGAUCCUAUGCCCCUUCAUUGUUCCAAUGUCGUUGAUUUGAACAAGCUUGACUUAAUAGAAUAAUUUUAAGUUCACACA